CAUUCUAUUUCUCACCCCCACCUAAUUCCCAAAACCCCCUAAAACCUUUUUAGACCUUCAUUUCCUUCCUCUUCACAAUUUUCAUCACUUUCCCGAGAAAAUUCCAACCCCCUAAUCCAUGGCCGCUCGCCUCUCCCUCCGCUUCAGAUCCCAACUCCUCCGCACCACCACCACCACCCUUUUCCUCUCCCCCGUCAAAUCUCCACUGUCCAUUCCCAACGAGAUUCCUCUAUCCACCCUCCGAUUCCUCUCCACGGCCCGGCGACACCCGUCCCGACCCAAGACCGUAGACAUCGGCGCCCGGGCCCGCCAGCUCCAGACCCGGCGCCUCUGGACCUACGCGCUUACCUUCAGCUGCAUCGCCGGCUUCGUCGUCAUCGUCCUCAAUGGUUUCCAGGACCAGCUCGUCUUUUAUGUCACCCCCACCGACGCGCUCGAGAAGUACGCUGCGAACCCGUCCAAGACCAAGUUCCGAUUGGGUGGUCUCGUCCUCGAGGGAAGCGUGGUUCAGCCUGCCUCGUCGCCCGAGAUGGAGUUCGUGGUCUCCGACCUGAUCACCGACAUUCUGGUGAAGUACCAGGGCUCGUUGCCGGACCUGUUCCGGGAGGGACAUUCCGUGGUGGUGGAGGGGUUCAUUAAGCCCUUCACGGAGGAAGUUCGGCGGGAGGUCUCGGCCAAGAGCGUCUCCGGGAAGGCGAGGAGCGGCGAGUGCUACUUCUCGGCCACGGAGGUGCUGGCCAAGCACGACGAGAAGUACAUGCCCCAGGAGGUUGCCGCGCAGAUCGAGAAGAACAAGAAGAAGAUCGAGGGGGCGGCGCAGGAGGGAGUGAAAGAGUCGUAGGGAGAAUAAUGGGUAUGAUUCGGAUUUCGAUUUUUUUGCCUUUUUUUCUCGAGGAAAUUUUACAUUUUUGUGCUGGAUAUAGAGGAUAUAGGUGAAAAGGGGUAAUGGGUUUUUUAUGAUUGGAGAGUUGGAGAUUAGGGUAUACUGGAUUAUAUAUGUUGAGGAAGGGAUUGUUUUGACUAAUUGAGGCUUUUGAGAAUUCGAUUUUGUAUGUUGCAAAUUGCAACGCUAAACUCAUUGGUGAUCAUUUAUACGUUAUGUUUGGACGGAGCAAUGAAUAAAUUCAACUACGAAUAUGUAUUCUGUCCACAAUAACUUUGGCUUGUUAUGUAAUUUUGUUUUUGGAAAAUCUCUGAGAUGUUUUCUAAUGAA